UCUCCAUAACCAAACCGAUAAAUCAAAAAACAAGACAAGAGACUCAGAACUCGUUUUGAGGAUGAAACUGAUUGAGAAAACUAUGAACAAGUUUAGCAAGGACGAGGAGAAAGAAGAUGGAAGCAAGAUCUUCCAGACAAUCGAAGUAGCUAAGGUUGACCACCGGAGAAACGUACCUCCGCCGCCGUCCACACCAUUGCUAGAGGUUUCCACUGGCGACGAACUUAGCCUGCUUCCUCCGUUGAACUUUGCGAUGGUCGAUAACGGUAUUUUCCGGUCUGGAUUCCCGGACUCGACCAACUUCUCCUUCCUCAAGACUCUUGGCCUUCGCUCAAUCAUAUCGUUGUGUCCAGAAGUGUAUCCUGAGAACAACAUGCAGUUUCUCAAAUCCAAUGGAAUUAAGCUUUUCCAAUUUGGCAUUAAAGGCUCUAAGUGUCUGCCAGGAUUAGAGAACGAGGUUUGGUUGCAUCUUCGGAAGCAUCAGAAUGAGGGUUCCUAUACAAAUGGAAAUUCCAAAACUACGGAAGCAUUUGUAAAUAUCUCAGAUUUAAAAAUCCGUGAAGCACUUAAGGUUCUUCUCGAUGAGAAGAACCAUCCAGUUCUGAUUCAUUGCAACCGAGGAAAGCAUAGGACAGGGUGUCUUGUUGGGUGCAUGAGAAAACUCCAGAAAUGGUGUUUGACAUCGAUCUUCGAUGAGUACAAGCGAUUUGCAGCGGCUAAAGCUAGAGUUUCAGAUCAAAAGUUCAUGGAGUUAUUUGAUGUUUCGAGCUUCAAGCAUAUUUCAAUGUCUUUCUCUUGCUCCAGUAGCUAGGUAGAAGAAGAAAACAACAACAACGAUCCUUUGGGUUUGAUUGAUCAUUCAGUCAGACUCUUGAGCCUUUUCCGUAUAUCUUCUUAGUUGAAUAACAAAAGGAGGAGAGCAAUCAUGAGUUACCAGAGGAAUAUUACCAUCAUUCUUCUAGUUUUUGUUUCACUUUUCUCCUUAUUCAGUCAAUAAUACAAGUAUAGUAAUUGGAAGAAGGAGAAGGAAUAGAUUCCUUUUCUUUUGAUUCUUUUGUAUGCUAAUAAUGUGUAUCCAUUUACUCAAGUCAGUCUAAGCAUUUCAG